GGGGUUUGAUUUCCAGCUCGGGUCCAGCAAUUUAGGGUUUUACAUUUUCUGGUGGUAUGUAUCGGACGUGGCUAAUUACCACUCUACGAGGCAGGGGCGUAGCUACGUAAAAAGUAUUUAGCGUAGUAAGUAGUAAUACAUGAUGGGCAAGUGGCCUAUUUCAGGGUAUUCUGGUGUGUUCUAAAAUAUUUCCGGAUUUUUAACUUCCUUAACCUCUGUACCAACGUGUGCCUCAUUCAUUCCUUUCUAUUCGGGUCAAUUCAUUCAACGCCUUCCUUAUCCACGCCUCCCCUGCCUUUAUUUCGUUCUCUCACCUUCGAAACUGUCUGCCCCAAUUUCUUUCUCUGUUUUGGACCAAUCUUAAAAAAAUAUUCCAUUUCUCGAUUCCUCCUUUCCAGAAUAAUAUGACUUGCCCAUUUCCAUUUCAAUUUCCUUAUCCUGAUUGUACCUAAUGUCCUCUAUUUUCGUACGUUAUUUACCUACUUAAUAAUUAAUUAUCAUCAUUUAUUUUGAAUUAGGCAUGGGUAAUUCAUAAGAAGUCAAGUGACGGUGACAAAUGUUAUCUCUUUUAAUAAUGAUAGGGUAAUCCACGUAGUGUUUAUAUCCAUUUGGUGGCAAUCAGUUGGGAGUAGGAACCUUGAUAUAUACUAUUUGUGGAUCUCAGUUCGUAUAAUUCGAAUGUUUUUUACGUUCCUGGUGUUUCAUUUUGUUAUUGUAGCUGCCCGCGCCUCAGUUGUGUUUGAGGAUUGCGGGUCGGCUUACGAUUUACAAACUGUCAACAUACAAGGAUGUGGAAUGCGGAUGCCGUGUUUCGUGACGCUCGGUGACAGGAUCCCUGUCAAUGUGAGAUUUCACGCCGAUUUCGUGUCACGUCAACUCGAUCAAGAUGUCAUUAUACAAAUAAACUUCGUUCACGCGAGGACCCCAGUGACUCCAGAACCUUGUGAAACUGUGAUGUGUCCCGUAAGAACGGACGCCGAAACAUCUUUCACCAGUGUUAUGUCUGUACCAACUAAUAUGGCGUUGAAUCAACGAGGCUACUUGCAGUGGCGCGUCUACAACGAAGUGGGCCAGCGAGUGCUAUGCUAUCAAGUUAUGGUCCAGACACAGAAUUUUGUACAAAAGUUUUUACGACACCACCUAGCCGUAUUGGAGGCUAAGAUUGAAGCCUUACCUUUUUUACGGCCAUCUUUUAAAACAAACUUUUUUAAUUCAACUCUGUUACUUUCAAAACUUAUUACAAAAAAAUAAAUAAGGAAUCUUCUAAGAAUUUUUAUUAUUUUAUU